AUGGAAUUAUGUACGGUCGUCAAAGGAACAUCGUUCCUCCUACAAACGGCCAUUGGGAUCCUGGGAAACCUGACCAUCCUCCUCUCCUACGCUCACAUCGGGUACUCCGAUCGAAAGCUCCUGCCGGUCGACGUGAUCCUCACCCACCUGGCCUUCGUCAACCUGAUGGUGGUGUUGACCCGCGGAGUCCCGCAGACCCUGGUGACCUUUGACGUGGCCAACCUCUUGAACGACGCGGGCUGCAAGAUCGUGAUCUACGCCUACCGAGUCGUCCGCGCUCUGUCCGUCUGCGAGACCUGCCUGCUGAGUGUGUUUCAAGUCACCCUGAUGCCGGUCACUUCUAAGCUGGCCAACUACAAGCGGAAAGCCGGCAGGUCCAUCGGCCCCCUCGCUGCCGCUCUCUGGGCGCUGAACAUAGCGCUGUGCAUCGCUGCUCCCUUGUUCUCCGUGGCAGUCGCCAAUUCCACCGUCUCCAACUUCACUCUGGAUUUGGGCUUCUGCUUGGUGGGGUUCCCCGAUCGGGUGUCGUACGUGGUCAACGGGGUCUUCAUUUCCACACGGGACUUCCUCUUCGUGGGUCUCAUGACGUUCGCCAGCGGCUACAUUCUGUUGAUCCUGCACCGACACAGGAGGCAGGUCAGGGCCAUCCAGAGGGCGGGCAGCGCCCAGCAAGCCAAGGCCGAGAACAGGGCUGCCAAGUCCGUCAUCUCUCUGGUCUCGCUGUACGUCGUCUUCUUUGGCAUCGACAACCUCAUCUGGAUUUACAUGCUCACUGUACCUCUCGUCCCGCCUGACAUCGCAGACCUGAGGGUCUUCUUCUCCUCCUGCUACGCCUCCUUCAGUCCGCUCCUCAUCAUCUCGUCCACCAAAAAGAUCAAGAGUAAGCUCUUCCGCGCCACGCCACAGAUAGGGCCCCGACCUCCUAGCACCGAGAUGUCACACGUGCAACAAUGA